CGAGACUCGUCCAUCGGUCUUGUGGCUCGAGCGUUCCGUUGGCGGGUUGGUUGAUACUAGCUCCAACUGCGACUGCAUGACGACAACCAGUACCCCCCCUACAGCUACAAAACAAACGUAUCCUCCAUAAUCCUACUUUUGACCAGGUGAUGCGCAGUGCGUUAAUUUGUCACUCCGAUAGUUAACUAGAUCGUGUUAGGCUUAUAACCUGUAGAAGACCAGGAGAUUCCUCUGUCUAUGUCUCUUGAUUAGUGUGCCCUUGGCUUGGAUGAUUGAGGAGAACUACACAUAGAAACCGAUAGGAGAUCUACCUCUUCAUUCUGUUUUUCGCCACUUAGAUUAUCAGACGCUGCUCGAGUUUUUAGCUGCCGAACAGUCCAAGCACAUGAGAUAUCAUUACAGUUUCAUAGCUUGCGAUGCCGGAUUGUUUCAUUAAGCACACAUCAAGUAGCCUAGUCAGCUUGAUAGCUGGGAUGCCUCUCGUUAGCGUAGGGUAUCGUCAUGUUAGCGAGCAGAAAUAGCUCAUCUGAUUGCCAACGCAUUCUUUUUGCGGAGUUAGAAGAGUAGAAUGAAGCUUAAGGUUAUGAGAGUUUUGAUUGUAGCGGGUAAGUUCCGUACUUGGCUUCUUGCUGUGGUGCACGACGGAAAUGCUCUCACGUGUGAGAGUACCUAUUAUUCAGUGGCAUCAUUCACUUGACGAGGAGCGUCUUGAUGAUUGUGUUGUGAGCCUACAGCUGAAGAAAUCUCAACGCUUGCGGGAGUUGAAUGAUUUGGAGUUCAUGCUGCGCUAGCCUGGUUGAAUGAUUCUGUCUCAAUUGAGUUCGAGGAUGAGAGCGUUGGAAUCAAGUUGCGACGUAGCUUUACAGCGGCCGUUUGUGAUUGUUUUGUGCACCGUGAACGAUCCUGAUUUAGUUACACUGGCAGCACACCUUCAUAAUCCGCACUCUGAACCAGCACCAACUCCUGAAAAUCUAUGUCAUGGAUGCGAUAUUGCGCUAGCUCCUGGCAAUACCGGCUAUGGCGUUGCGUUUUGCUACUGUUGCGCGUGAGUUCGAUAGCUCUCUAUUCCGGAGCAUUCUGCUGGGGGGUUAGUUGAACGUAAGAGAGCACAGCGGGAUGGCGUUGAUAAGGAAGUGAGCUGGGAUCAGUAGUUGCGGCAGUUGAUGAAGGUAGUUCGUCGCCAGGUAAUUUGCGGACUGAUGAUAGUAACUGAGAAUUGGAAGCCAUGAGAUCGCAUAUUAUUAGCAAUGAGGCCCCUCUGCGACCUCAAGAAAAGGGAGACGUUUAUGUAAGCCAUGGCACAGGACAAAUCGAUGCAGGUUGGCCGGUCGUUCACCAUGGUCAGCAAUCGAGCUGGUUGAGCGGCUUCCGGUGCGGAGUUUCAGUAGAAGGACAUUGCGAUGUGGAGAACAAAGCGCUAAAUUCUCUUGAGGAACAUCGCAGCGAGGAGCACUUGUCAGCACAAGACGAGGAUAGCAAUUUCGACGUGCUUGCACAGCGAGUUGACGAACUUAUUGCUAGACAAUCUCAAUUUGCAUUUCUGAAACCUUGUAGGCAACUUGAGAAACACUACGCAAACAAGAGAAAUUCAGGAAGCUGUAGCUUUCGUCAUGGAGACAGAACAAUCCCAGCGACCGAGGCUGCGUUCAAGCACAAGAAAAUGCACGAGAAUCUCAAAGAUUCAAGUUCGCAGGGAAAAGAAUAUCAUCAGGAGUCCAGCUCAAGGAAGGCUUGCCGUGCUUCGGUGCUUCAAGAGUCUGAAAGGGAGGUUGAAAAAAUACAGACUGCGCAAUGUAGGUUCCUAGACAGCGAUGUGAAACCUAAAAGCACUAUUCGUGAGCUUCUGUCGACACCAUCUAACCCAAAGAAUGUCGAGCAAGGACCACUCCAGACUCCACCACAUGAUCACGUAGAUGGACGUAAACAUCACGAUCUAGCUGCUUCCGUCCCCUGUAAGUGGGAUGAGCAGCUUGACAAACCGAAAAGCAUUGCAGCAGCAGCGCAGCGAGCGUUGGCCCGGAAGUUAUCAAGAGAUGGAAUCGAGCUCAACUGCUUUGUGGAAGACAAGUCGCCGAUAUCAAGUUCUCAACGAACAUCUGCAAGAGAAGGGGAGGUAUCAACCAAUGACCACCCCCACAAAGUUGCGCAUUCAUCAUCACACAGAGUAACUGCCAGCGAGAGAUUUCACGGUAGAGCUGGCCAUGUCCAAAGAAAUUCAGGCGAUUCUAGAAUUUGGCGAAUCUCCAGCACGCGAUGCAGCAUCUAUGAGAAAGAGGCGCACAUCGAUCUCGUUGCUCCUUCUGCGGCAAAGUUUUUAAUAGAGACAUCGGAGUCGUCAUUGUAUACUAGCGCCAAUCAUCACAAUGCUUCGCCGCCUUCUGUUGCAGUCCCAUUCAAGUGGGAAGACACUCCGGGCAAGGCCAAGGUGGAUGAGACAGCAGGCAAAAGUAAGCCAGAAACCUUACAACUUCCUCCGCGUCUGGCUGUCCACAUGCAUCGCACCACCAAGUCCAAUUUCGCCAGGGAGCUUCGCGUUUCAGUCGCUUCUCACUCUCUCGGAGGAUUGUUUCCUUGCAUGACGGCCACUUCCUCACCAUCUCGAUUGCAGCAGCAGGAUCCCACAUGGAUGCAUCAGUACCGCGCCACCAAGAGCUCGCUGCCGAAGCAAUCGCAGGCUCACCAUGGCUAUGCGUACGCCGGCAACCAGGAGUCCGUUUCUUCUAAAUCCAGCGAUCGAAGCGUCAAUCCGCGAAAGAUCAACAAGCCAUUAUCGCAGCCAUUGACAUCCACUGACUCGCCUCUUAACCUUAAGCCUCGCAAGCUCUUGAGCUCCGAGCUCAAGGCCUCUCAUCCAUGGAUGCAUCGAUCUGGUUCUAGCCAUUCCUGUUCGGAUCCUACCAGCAUUCUCCACAGCGGUCGCCAGUCCUCAUCGUCUCGCACAUAUUUAAGCUGUGAUUUUGGCGCGUCUACGCCUAGCAUGGCUGGCUCCAAAUCGAGCUCCAGCGCAUCGUAUGAAUCAAUUGAAGAGGACUUCGCCCCCGACCACGAUCACGAUAAUACUGUAAGCCCUUCAUAUAUAACUAAGUCCCACUCGUUUGACUCUCAAACCUCUAUGGGCUAUUCAGAAUCGCCUAUAGUUCCGAACUUUGGUCCUUCUGCAAAGGUGACCUUCCAAGGAAAAAGAUCCAAUGCCCACAGAUCGGAGUGCGUCAAGAGCCUGCUCAAGCUCUGCAAAUCCCAUGGAAAAUGCCUCAGAAAAUCGAAAUCCAACCGGAAGAGGCUAGGUUCUCUCUACAGUCCCGAGGUUUGGGCCCCCACACUAGCAACGUACUUCCAGCGCCUGGACGUGACCGAGGCGGCGAUAUCGAACGGCCUUCUCGACAAGCAGGGUGCGCCCACUUCAAGCGGAUACCUCAACUCAAACGGGGAACCUAUACCCUUGCAAGAUUGUACAUUUGACACUUACGACACAAGUCCUGAAGCCUCUCCGAAACGGCCCACCAGGCUGCCAUAUAGAAUGCCAAGUGUUGAAGAGCAGGAGUUAGCAACACGACACACUCGCAACUUAGUCGGAAAGCUGGAAGCAAAUUCUCGCGGAAGGGAUUAUAGCAACUCCAGAAUGUACAUGAAUAUUGUAUCUCCCACUCAGUUGGAUAAGUGCUGGACCUCCAGCCACCGAGAGGAGUAUUGUCCUCCUCCAGCGUAUGCAGCAACUCUAGAGAUGCUGUCUCCGACUGUGAAUCUUGUGUCCAGGCGGCACAAGUCGUCUCGCGCCCUGCCAUUGUCUUCAUGGUCGAGUCCAAAACCACACCGACGUGUUCAAUUCAUCUUAUCCAUUUGCAAGACUCUGAAGCGCGUCCUCUUCCGACAACCAGCUCGCAGAUCAGUGAUUGGCACAAAGCUGAUGUACCACGAGAAACGGGUUCCCACAACUUUUCAAUUCUCAAAUCCAAAUUGAAGCAUAGAAUGCUGUCGUGAUGGAAAUUCAGUGUUCGGGCUCUCUGAUUUAAUGAAGAAAUGGUAAUCCUGUACAUAAGCAUGACAAGCGGCGCCAAAUUGAAGACAUGUAGGUUGCAGACCGCUUUCAUCUUGUACCUUGUGUAGAAAUGGUCUUAAUUACUUGUGGUGUUCAAUCAUCAUAUUGCUCUUCAGAGCUGAUCGAUCAACUUCAUGUGGCGCCUAGAGAAAUAUUCUGGAUGAGCAGUGAAGUCUACUGUAGCUUUGCAUUAGAAGAGUACCCUAAUGACUCUUGAUACGACUAGACUAAGUAAAUAUCUUCUUUAAAAAUUGGGGAGCACAAGCAUGUCAGUGAGUGUAUUUACUCCAUUAUAAGAGGCAGGCUUGCUAGUAAGCACGAAAUGAAUGUCUAUGAAGCACAUGGAGCUGAUGGUAGCUUUUACCCUAAACCGUGGUAACUUAAUAUCGGAGCAAAUGGAAUAUUACUGUGAAA